GCAGGGGAUUUUCAUCUGUUGUCAGCAAUUGGUGCAUGUUUGUUGAAUGAAUGAGUGAAUGUAGAAGAAGGACCAGAGUGAGAAGAGGCUAAAAGAGGAAGACCAGUCAUGAGAUGACCAGCUCCAUGAGCACAGGGCUCUGCCUGUCUUGUUCACGUCUGUCUCUCCAAGUGCCCAGAAGAAGGCCUGCUGCUAAGUUUGCCCAGGAGGCUCGGAAUUCCUGGCAUCCAGAGCCUGAGUCUGUGACGGCUGCUUUCCACCUUUCUAAGUGCGGAGGAGGAAGGACGCCCCAGCUUACUCUGGGUGCCCCUCCAGCUGAGGACAUUAGGAGGAGGGAGACCCCUCAGAGUCCUACUGGCUCGGCAGCCUCCCAGCAAGUGCCUGGGGAGCCAGGGGAUGGACCCAAAUUCCAGCUUGCUUUCUCCUCCAUCCGGGGCCUGCUCCCACCUGGCAGAACCCCAUAUGGAAGGUGAGAGAAGCUCAUCCCUCCAAGAGCAGGGCAGGGACUCCCCUUUAGCCUGGAGCUGGGUCCCCAGCUCCAGCCUCACUGACCCUGACUUGUUUUGGGAUGAGCACAUCCAGGCAAAAAGGGCCAGAGUGGAGACCAUCGUCCAAGGCAUGUGCCUCUCCCCUAACCCUCCUAUGCCAGGCAAUUCCCGAGCCAGGGACAGCCUGUGCUGCCCAGAGAAGGCCCGGGAGCAGAAGAGGAAGCAGAACCUACCCAGGCAGCAAAGGCCUCUGAAACCAGGUCCUGCUGGGGGCCACAGCAGCAGGAAGGGGGACCCUCGAGUGAGAGAACAGCUUCAUCUGCUGAAGCAACAGCUAAGACACCUGCAACAGCAUGUCCUGCAGGCUGCUGAGGCCAGGGACACAGCUCUGGGCUCCAGAGGCUCCGAGAAGGGGCAGGACCCUUUGAAUAUGAAGCAGAGGAAUGGCUAUAGGCCCAGACUCUGGGGGAUGGACAGUGACAAACACCAGUGUUCCCACAGGGACCUCUCUGGGGCGGAAAAACACAGAGUGUCUGAGGUCACACACCAGUCUGAGGAACCCAGUUUCCUUCCUUCCGGAGCACGUGCUUUGCUGGAGAUUCUGCGGAAAGAAUUGGCUGGGGCAGUGUCCCAGGCUGUGGACUCAGUAUUACAAAGGGUGCUACUGGAUCCACCACGUCGCCUGACUCAGCUGGGCAGAAGCUUCCAGGAGCUGGUGCCAGAGGGUAGAAGCCAGCCCUCACCUCCUGAGGGAGCAGCCUGUAAAGAUCCACUUCCUCCGGCCGCCUUGCCCAGGAGCACACACCCACGGGCUGGGGUCCCCCUGGGAAACUUCUCAUUGGCCAAGCCUCUGGAUUCUCCUCGGUAUCCUGUCUCUCCAAGAAUGAUCCCCAAGCCCUAUCAGGGUCCCCCAGCAAACUAUCCCUUGACUAUGCCUUCCCACCCCCAGGAAAAUCUGAUUCUUAGCCAGCCGGUGGGUCAUGGGCCCCAAGGUCACGGGAGCAGCAGUCUUCCCCAGGACUCAUCUUCCCAAAGUCACCCCUCGUCAGAGGCUGCCCUACGACCCUGGGGAGCUGUCAAACCGCGACCGUCAGGUCUGAGCCAGCAGUGGCACCCUUUGCCCCUCACGCCCACCCAUCUGGAAAGUCUGCCCCUUCUUCCCUCAGUGAAGAUGGAACAGGGGGGCCUGCAGGCUGCUGCUCACGCACUUCCUUUCUCCUCAGUCCACAUCCAGGAGGGCCUAAAUCCGGGUCACCUGAGGAAGGCCAAACUAAUGUUUUUCUUCACACGCUAUCCCAGCUCCAACCUCUUGAAGGCUUAUUUCUCUGACGUUCAGUUCAACCGCUGCAUUACCUCCCAGAUGAUCAAGUGGUUCAGCAACUUUCGUGAGUUUUACUACAUCCAAAUGGAAAAAUUUGCCCGGCAAGCAAUUUCAGAUGAUGUCACAAAUCCCAAAAUGCUGGUGGUACUCCGUGACUCAGAACUUUUCCGAGCUCUCAAUAUGCACUACAACAAGGGAAAUGACUUUGAGGUCCCAGACUGCUUCUUGGAAAUUGCCAGCUUGACGUUACAGGAGUUCUUCAGGGCUGUCUCCGCAGGGAAAGACUCAGAUCCUUCCUGGAAGAAACCCAUUUAUAAAAUUAUUUCAAAACUGGACAGUGACAUCCCAGAGAUAUUCAAAUCUUCCAGCAACUCCCAAGGGCUGUUUCGGAAUUAGGAUCCCACAAAGUGAGGAGGAGCAACUGGCCAGGAUUUCCUAGAUUUGUCUUAAAUGGCCAUCAGUAUAGCUGUAGUCAUAUAAAAAUGGCAUAAGGAGAAAACACCGAAAUAGGUAUUAUUACCAUUUCGGACCAUUUAUUUGCUUUUCCAGAAUCAUCACAGUUAGUUUGACCUCAACUCUAACACAUAUCAACCUAGUGUAAUGGUGUGUUGGUAGCACACUGUAAAAGGCAUACAGUAGUUUGAAAUCAGAAGAUUUAACUCUUUACUUCAUUGUUCCAUGUGUCAUACCCCUGGGAAAUUGCAAAGACCUCUGCAUCUGUAAAAUGAGGUGGUAAGGAUUAAAGGAUGAUAUGUCCUAAAGCACUCUGUGAAAUGUUAUUCACUACACAAAUGUGGUUUCCCCCCCCCCUUAGAUUUCAGAUAAGGUUAUCUUAUUUGGGGUUUCUAUAAAUGGCUGGUUUUACUUGUUUUCUUAAUCCAACUUCAUUUGCUAGACACUUUCAAAUACAUUUUCUUUAAGCUUUUCACCUUGACAAGCAGAUAUUCUCUUCACUUAAAAAGCAACCAUCACACAUAAGUUUUACAACUGUGCAGUAACUUGCUAAAGUAGAAGGCUAGGGGGUUUGGGUUGGUAGGGAUGCUGAGUAGUAACCAAGAGAACUCCAAGACCUUCUGGUGUCAGACUGCAUGCUGCCCACCUCACACUGCCUCUUAUGAUUUUAAACAGUCCACCAUCCCCAGUAUGCUGCUGGGAUACUGUCAUCUGAAGCCUCCCACUUAGGGGGUCUUCAUCACCCAGGAUUCCCACUGAUCAUUCCAGCAAGCCCUACAUCAACUUUCUACAGGACUGGCCUGUUGCUCUUCAUUCACAUUUGGCUGCUGGAAAUGUUUAUCAGUUGGACAAUGCGAACAGUCUCGAGUUGACCAAUGCAAUGGAUAUGACUUCUUAUACGCAGAAGAAACUGAACUUCAGACUGUAGAAACUAGAAAGGGCCUUAGGAUAUCAUCUGGCCCACUCUGCUUAAAUUAGGAAGGAGGAAACUGAGCCCCAGAUGGAAGACUUGCAUAACCCGUGCACAGCUUCACAGACAAUGAGUGGAAUAACUGGGACAAAUAGUCUCACACACAGAAAUGGAAAUUCUCUCACUCCACAAGGAAGUUACAGUCCCUGGUCAAUCCAGUACAGAAAAAGGAAUUCCUGAAAUCAACAUUGUUUUCCCCUACUGGCUCAACACAAAUUGUGACUCACUCUGAGUAUAUGUAGGCAAAACAUCUGCAAGCCUGAGUACCUGCAUCUGCCUUCCUUGCCAGUCAGAAUCAAGUCCUUGUAAGCACUGCCCAAGUUGUGUGGGCUGGGCUGGGGGGUCCCACAGAGCUCCGACACCGUCAUUCUGACUCAGGGCUGCCUGUGACUUUGUUAGCUUACUUCUUUCUGUUUACAUAAAACAAGUCUUCACAAUCAACUACUCCACUUCCUUGACUUUUUGAGUAUGCUGGAUCAGAUGAGAUCAAAUCUCCUCUAUUGCUGGAUUGUCAACAUAAAAAGGUAUGAAAGGUGAUUUUCUUAUUAAUUUUCUCUUACUCCAAACAGCUGAGAGGAAAACCAAAACAACGUACUUGGCCCCAACUAAUGUGCUCAGGUUCUUUUAAGUGUCCUCCAAUUUUUAAGUGUCUUCCAACACAGCCAGCUGCACUCAGAUGAUCUCUGCC